AAAAAAAAAGAAUCCCAUUGAUGACCAAGUUGUGUUAAAACCUUGUGGAGGAAAACGUCUUGGAGUCAAACUCUAGAAUCUGAGAGGAGAGAGCACGGAUCUACAAAGCAAAACGAAACAGCCUGCUGUUAUCAUGAGGAUGUUCUUGGCUUCGAUUUUUCUUCUUAUCCUCCCCAUCAUUCGGGCUCAGGUUCCCCACUGGGGUCCAUGUCCAGAACCAGAAGUCCAGCCCGCCUUCACCCUCAGACAGUUCAUGGGGAGAUGGUUUGAAAUUGCCAAGCUGCCGGCCCAGUUUGAGAAGGGACGCUGCAUCGAGACCAAUUUCACUCUGAUGACAGACAACUCCAUUCGAGUGGUCAGCUCGGAAAUACUAAAAGGAGAAGUGAAGAAAAUCAGAGGAACAGGUGUGAUAGAGGAUCCGAAGAAUCCAGCCAAGCUGGGAAUAAGUUAUUCUUAUGUCCUGCCUUACACCCCAUACUGGAUUCUGUCCACUGACUAUGUGAACUUUGCCCUGGUGUACUCCUGCACUGACGUGCUCAGGCUCUUCCAUGUGGACUUCGCCUGGAUCCUGGGCCGCACCCGGAGCCUUCCGGACACCACCCUGGAGAAGGCCAGGCAGACCUUUGCCAACAACAACAUUGAUGUGACCAGGAUGAUCCCUAGCAGGCAGCAGGGCUGUGACAAAACUCUGUGAGGCUGCAUCACAAAAGCGACACAAGAUGGCGCUGUUGCUGGUAGAAGAAGAUCUCCUCUCUUCCCAGACUCACAUACAGACUCAGACUCAUCUUAGUCUGUGUGUGGAUAUGACUGUUUUUUUCCCCCAGAUUUAAAUACAUUAUCUGAUAAUUUACUUAAACAUUUUCUUUUUUUUUUUAAAUCAAACAAUUCUUAAUGCGCAAGCCUCAAUGUAAAAAUGUAUUUAUUUAUUUUGUUUUUAAAAGGAAAACCUCCUGUUAUUCUAAUUGAAUUCACAUGACACUGACUGUUCGAUUUUCUCCCAAACUGCAAACAUGAAGGAUCUCAUUAGUCGUAUUAAAGCUGGUAAAACAUGUGGUCUCUCAUGAUCCAAAGACACGUUUCUGAACAAAUGAACCUUUAUUUCUUCUAUUUAGAAGUAUUUUCCUGGUAUUGUUCUUCUCAAGAAGGUACAAGUUCAAUGUUGGGUGACAGCAGGGAAUAGUGAAUAGAUGCCUGCAUUAAAUUGGCCGUUAUUCAAAUAUUAUAUGACAGGGAGUAAAAAUAUUCAUGUUUGGAAAGUCAGAGCCUUGUCUCCAAAAAGACUGAUCUUUUAUGAAAUUUUUCAUUUAAAUGAAAUCAUGAAUUUUUUUAGAUAGUUCUGUUGGUAUUGAUGAUAUUCUGAGUAGUUUUGCUUUUUUCAACUUUUAUUUACUUUAUUCCAGAGUUUUAAUGCAAAAAAAGAAACUGUUGGAUACAGCUUACAAUACCUUAUAUGCUUUAAUUAUUCAUGAAUGUUAUUGUAUUUUAGCAGGAUUUUAGAAGAAAGUCUGAUGUAAAAUAGUAUACAAGUUUGAAAUUAUGAAACAAUGAUAUAUGGUCAUCAAUUUCUUUUGUUCCCGACAAAGUAAAGGCCUUACAAGUGCUCUAGAUGUCAGCAUUACACAUGUAGAGACUGAAAUCCCCUGCUAAGGACAGGCAUCU